CUUCUAUUAUCUCUACCAAUUCAUCUAAAAAUGGAAUUGUUGCUGAUUUUCCAGCUUGGAAGAAGGAAAACAUGGAACUGUUCACACUCCUUCCAUAUCUGCUUUCCAAAAGAUCAUAGCUGAGCUGGUGGGAACCUACAUUUUCAUAUUUGUGGGUUGUGGAUCAGCUCUUGUUGAUAGAGAAAGGACACUCACUAUGGUUGGUAUAGCAUUGGCAUCUGGGUUAUCACUGAUGGCUUUAAUAUACACUCUUGGUCACGUUUCUGGCGCCCAUUUCAACCCCGUGGUCACAAUUGCCUUUGCUGCAGCUCGAAAAUUACCAUUGAUGCAAGUGCCUAUAUAUGUACUACCUCAAUUCUUGGGCUCUACACUUUCAAGUCUCACCUUGAGAGUGUUAUUUAAUCACCAAGGUGACAUACUACCAAUGCUAACUCAGUACAAAAGUCCAGUCACUGAUUUUGAAACUAUAUUUUGGGAGUUCAUAAUGACUCUCAUUUUGAUGUUUGUGAUCUGUGGAGCUGCUACUGACGAUAGAGCGACCAAAGAGGUAGCUGGAGUUGCAAUUGGAGUGACAUUACUGUUUGAAGUCCUCAUUGCAGGGCCAAUCACUGGAGCUUCAAUGAAUCCAGCAAGAAGUUUAGGCCCUGCAAUAGUCUCAGGUGUCUAUAAGAACCAAUGGGUCUUCGUUAUUGCCCCAAUUCUUGGAGCCAUGACAGCAACAGGGAUAUAUAGCCUUCUCCGGCAAACAGAGCAGAACACUAAAAUCUGAAGCAUAAGAUGUAUACCGGCAAGUACGUGGGAGAUUAUGUAACACCUAAAAGUACUUUGUGUAAGCAUAUGAAUGCCAAAAUGUGAUUAAUCGUGCUUAUAAGGA